AUGGCUGAAGACAAACACAACAAAAACCCACUUAAGAUGUUGGAAUCUUUGGGCAAAGAACUCAUUUCUGGCCUUUUGGAUGACAUCGUGGAAAAAAAUGUCCUGAAAUUGGAGGAAGAGGAGAAGAAAAAAAUUUAUGAUGCCAAACUUCAAGACAAAGCCCGAGUCUUGGUUGAUUCUAUAAGACAGAAAAACCAAGAGGCAGGUCAAGUCUUUGUUCAAACCUUCCUAAACAUAGACAAAAAUUCCACCAGUAUAAAAGCUCCUGAGGAAACUGUGGCUGGACCAGACAAGUCAGCAGGAUCUGCAGCUACCCUCAAGCUUUGCCCUCAUGAAGAAUUCCUGAAACUGUGUAAAGAAAGGGCUGGAGAGAUCUAUCCAAUAAAGCAGAGAAAGGACCGCACUCGUCUGGCUCUCAUCAUAUGCAAUACAGACUUUGAUCAUCUGCCUCCCAGGGAUGGUGCUGCCCUUGACAUCCUCGGAAUGAAGCAGCUGCUUGAGGGUCUUGGCUACACUGUGGAAGUGGAAGAGAAACUCACAGCCAGCGACAUGGAAUCAGUGCUGUGGAAAUUUGCUGCACGUGAAGAGCACAAAUCCUCAGACAGUACAUUCUUGGUGUUCAUGUCUCAUGGCAUCCUGGAUGGGAUCUGCGGGACUAUGCACAGUGAUGAAAAACCAGAUGUGCUACCUUAUGACACCAUCUUCCGGACAUUCAACAACCGUAAUUGCCUCAAUCUAAAGGACAAACCUAAAGUCAUCAUUGUCCAGGCCUGCAGAGGUGCAAACCGCGGGGAACUGUGGGUCAGUGACUCUCCAGCAGCCCUAGUGGACGGCUGUUCCCAGUCAUCUGAGAACCUGGAAGAAGACGCUGUUUACAAGACCCACGUGGAGAAGGAUUUCAUUGCCUUCUGUUCCUCAACGCCACAUAAUGUGUCCUGGAGAGACAUCAAAAAAGGUUCUCUCUUCAUUACACGACUCAUCACAUGCUUCCAAGAAUAUGCUUGGUGCUGUCAUCUCGAGGAAGUAUUUAGGAAGGUACAACAAUCAUUUGAAAAACCAAAUGUUAAAGCUCAAAUGCCCACUGUUGAACGACUUUCUAUGACAAGGUAUUUCUACCUCUUUCCUGGCAACUGA